GCUCGAGGUAUCACAUUGGGCACGCGCGUCGAUUGGUCCGCAGGACGCGGCCGUCACGAUGACGUCGCGUCCUCACCCCCUCCUCGCGUUUCUGCGUGUGGGAAGAACGUUCCAGGUUUUGGCCAGCGAGAGCCGAUAAAUAUGAGCUUCAGACGGGCGCCCUUUCAGUUUUCGGAUUUUAAUGCGGAUGAUCAUCGUUCUGAAUUGUUGAGACGUUUUGGAUUUCCACCGGAGCAAGGCAGCAACAACAUGUUCUUCGAGUCUUCAACUCCAAGUUGGAACGAUUGGCCCGGCCGGUUACACAGGCCCUUCCCCAAUGACAGUGGCUGGCGCAACGCCGGUGGCGUCUUUUCCGGCGCCGGUGGCUCUGCCCCAGGAAGUCCUCAGACGCGCAUGCGGAAUCGUGGAUGGCUUUCGUCCGACGAGGAUGGAGUCCCCAUCAAAGUCGUCCACGAACAAGCGGAUGAUUGCGAUAGCCUCUCGGAGACCUCCUCUCAGGGCAGCCGAUCGAGCACCGGCAGCGGACGCAGCGGCGGGUCGAAGCUCCGCCACGAGCCGAGGGUACAUCACAUCCCCAUAAUGGUUGAGCCCCGUGAUGGGUCCUCCAGUUCCGGCUAUGGAUCGGAUGGGGACGGCAAACAGAAGGCAGCAGAGACCGGGGCAUCGUCACCCGUGAACGGCAUCCCUAGUCCGAAAGUAUCUAGUCCCGUCGAAAAGAAAAUUCACACCAUCCCAAUACAAGUUCAGGGCGGCGACAGUGCACCUGGUGAACGCUUGGCAAAGGCUUCGAUCAGUCGAGAAGGAAUGCACGGCGAACCUCGUGCUACACCCGAACGCAACUGGGCCAACACUUUCCCCCGACAGAAGUGUCAGCAAGUCCCGAACAGGACAGCCCCGAAUGCCACUUCAAAGUCUGCAUCUGGUGGGACAAUACCAUCUUCGGGACAGAGACCCGGCCCUUCCGGAAGGCAGAACUCCAAGCCCACAUCACCGCCCACGUCUCCAGAACUGUCUCCACCCGUGUCUCCACAGAGGUCGACCUCCAACACCUCCAAGGGCCCCAUGACACCCGAGGAAGCAAUCCGAAGGAUCAAUCUAGAGCUCAAGGACCUCACCGAACAAGUGAACAAUUUCUCGGGCGAACCGGGAGACAAGCAGUACAGAUUCCUGGACGAAAUGCUGACGCGACUCAUGCUCAGGCUGGACACAAUAGACCCGGCGGGAAACGAACUGAUCCGUCAGAUGCGGAAGCAGGCCAUCUGUGAUGUUCAGCGCGUGAUCAACAGGCUAGAGGGAAGGGAAUGUCAAGAAUUGGUUCCUCUCGAUGAUAUGGUGAUCGUUGAAGCGGAUCAUAAUAAUGCUGACCAUGUUGAACCUGCACUCGUGCAACCACCUAUGUCCCCACCACCUGCUGCAAGCACGGAUGAGCGAUCUGGUUUCGCAAGCUUCAAAGGAUCGUCCUCCAACUGUGUGUCUUCGUGCAAUGUUUGUGCCAUUGCAGUUCCUGGAGGGCCAGAUUCCACAGAGCCCAUGGAAGACAGCAGAGUAGGUGCAGAUGGUCCCGUUGAUGUCUCCGUUACCCUGGGAGAAACCCAGGUGCCCCAACCCGCCGACCUCACCUCUUCGGGAGAGAUGCUCUCAGCCAAUGUCGACACAACUGUGACUGCAUCUGGAGGCGAACACGAUGCCAACUUGAGUCAAAUCGACCCGGACGCAUCUUCCAUGGUGGACAUGGCACGCUGCAAGAGCAGGGAAGAUGGUGUAUGCACGCCGUUCAACGAGAAUGCGUUGUCCGCAGCCUCCAACAUGAUGGAGGCAUCGUCCAGAGAUCUGAGCGACUACUCUAUGCAAGAGUCCGGGUACACGGAUCUAUAAAAGUGGAUCUGAUGCAGUCGAAAGACAGUAUUGUGCCUGUGAGUUACUGGAGGCAGCUACCUCCCCUCAUCAACCAAAGCAACCGAAGUUUUGCGGUUGAGUCGAGUGUAUAUAAUAUACUUGUGCUCCUUGUACAGCUUGAAGAACCCUCCGAUGUGGACGUCCUGCGCUGUAUAUAUCUUCGCACUUCCCUCAAAAUGUAAAAUGGAGCUUGAGAAUAAAUGUUUGGCCAUUGCCUGCAAUGUGCAA